AUGUCUCUACCGGUUAGACGAGACCGUUCAUUCCCCAGUCCUUCCGGCGAACCGUCUGUCCAUUAUUAUGGACAAUCGCAUCUUACCAUUCAAUCCACUGUGAAGUUGAUUACUAACCAUUACACCUGGCCUAGUAUGCGCUCCGACAUCCGUCAGUGGGCUAAACAUUGUUUCUGCUACCAGAGCGGCAAAGUACACAGAUACGUUAUCUCUGCCCCCGGAUCCUUCUUAUUACCCGAAGCGAGUUUUAGAUGUGUCCACCUAAACAUACUCGGACCGCUUCCUCCAUCAAACAACUUCACUUUCAUUCUGACUUGUGUUGCUCGUUUUACUCGUUGGCCGCAUGCCAUUCCUUUACAUGACGUCUUAAGAAACUGGUGCCUUGCGUUUUUCGGCCCGUGGAUUUUAUUCUUCGGUGAGCCAUCUACGAUCAGUACAGAUGGAGUACCUCAGUUUAGUUCCACUUUGUUCCGUGACUUAAAUCAUUUUUGGGUUGUCCCCACGUUUGGACAACUGCUUAUUAUUCAGCUUCGUAUGGGCUUGUUGAGCAUUUCACUGAUG